CCGGGGCCGGGGCCGCGGCCGAGCGGGGACACAGCGGGGCCGCCGCGCCCUUCCAGCCCCCCGAGGGCGGCUUCGGAUGGGUGGUGGUCUUCGCCGCCGCCUGGUGCAACGGCUCCAUCUUCGGCAUCCACAACUCCUUCGGGAUCCUCUACAUGAUGCUGCAGAGCGACCUGGGCGAGGGGGAGAAGGACCCGGCGCUAGAGUUUAAAACAGCGUGGGUUGGCUCCCUGGCCAUGGGGAUGAUUUUUUUCUGCUCCCCCAUCGUCAGCAUCUUCACGGACCGGAUCGGCUGCAGGACCACGGCGGCCAUGGGAGCCACCAUCGCCUUCAUCGGCCUCCUCUGCAGCUCCUUCACCAGGUCGCUGGAAGUUCGUUAUUUCACGUAUGGGAUCCUCUUUGGCUGCGGCAGCUCCUUCGCCUUCCAGCCCUCGCUGGUCAUCCUGGGUCACUACUUCAAGCGCCGCCUGGGCUUGGCCAACGGCAUCGUGGCCGGCGGCAGCUGCCUCAUCUCCGUGCCGCUCCCCUUCUUCCUGAAGAUGGUGGGGGGUGCCAUCGGGCUGGCACACACUUUCCAAGUACUCAGUGCCUUAAUGUUCAUCCAGAUCUUCUUGGCCAUGACCUACCGGCCCGUGCUGGCACCGUCCUGCGACUCCCAGCACGACGGGCGCGACAAGCUGGGCAGCCGCAGCGUGAGGCAGCAGUGCUGGGCCCAGACCCGCAAGUAUUUCAACCUGAGGGUUUUCAGGAGGAAGACCUAUAGGAUUUGGGCUUUUGGGAUCGCUACUGCUGUCCUGGGAUACCUCGUACCUUACAUGAACCUGGUCAAAUACGUGGAGAAGCGAUUUCAGGAAACCAAGGAGGACUGGAUCCUGCUGGUUUGCCUGGGGGCCAUGUCGGGGCUGGGGCGCCUGGUUUCAGGCCGCAUUGGCGACUGCAUUCCCGGGCUGAAGAAGAUUUACCUGCAGGUGGCAUCCUUCAUGCUGUUGGGCCUCCUGUGCAUGAUGAUCCCCCAGUGCCGAGGCUUCGAGGGCGUCAUCGUCAUCUGCCUCUUCCUCGGCCUCUGCGACGGCUUCUUCACCACCAUCAUGGCCCCCAUUGCCUUCGAGCUGGUGGGGCCCAUGCAGGCGUCCCAGGCCAUAGGGUACCUCAUGGGGCUGAUGGCCGUGCCCAUGACUGCAGGCACGCCCAUAGCAGGAUACCUCAACGAUUAUUUCGGGAAUUACGACGCCGCCUUUUACUUCGCGGGGGUGCCGCCCAUCAUCGGCGGCCUGGUGCUCUCCGUGGUGCCGCUGGUGCACCAGAGGAUGCUGAGCAAGCAGCGCCUGGACGGCGGCAAGGACAAGAUGCUGGGCUCGGGGCCGGUGGUGAACGGGGAGCUGCUGCCGGGCUGCCCGGCCUCCGAGGCACACAUGUGACACCGGCAGGCCCCCGGCGCAGCAGCCCCUGCCCCCGACGGACCGUGGUUCCCACCGGCUGCAGAUGCACUACCUUUGUAAAGGAGAAAACACACAAAGUUCUUCUAGUCAAACUAGCAGGAAUCCUCUUU